UAACCUUGAUUAUGGUGUUGAUUGAUGUUUGUAGCAAAGGAGUCUUUUUACUAAGAUAGUUAUAAACUACUCCCCGUUCGCGAAUAGGGUUCCGUUUUUCCAUUUUACUCCCUCCACGAAUAGGAGUCUCAAUUCACUUUAUCAUAAAUAGUAAUAGGGUUUCACAUUUCACUAAUUUAUUUUACUCAUAUUUCAUUUAAAAUUAAUACUAAGUGAGAUUCAUAUUCCACUAAUUUUUUUCAUCCAUUUCUUUUAAAACUCUUCUUAAAACUUGUGCCGCAUCGAAAUUGGACUCUUAAUGACGGACGAAUGGAGUAACUCCUUGGAAUAUGCAAGAAGGGUGCAUGGGGUAAGUGACACGUUUAAGAUGGAAAAGGGCCAGAUGGCUUGAAAACAAAAGAAAUCAUCAUCCACCUGUCUUCCAUAAACAUCAGCAACAUUCAAUCAAGAAACUGAGAAAGAAAAGAAAAAUGUCAGGAUCGACGAUGGGGCCGCAUGACAAGAUGAGGGCGCAAGUGGCGAGAGGAGAGCAAGCCCCUCGCCCUCCUCGGCGCACCCCCAACGUCGCCCGCCCUCCGCCCCCUUCCUCCACCACCACCCCUGAGGAGGCAGAGAGCACGCCGAGCCAGAGGCGGCGCUGCUACGAGACAUACCACGAGUAUCAGAGGUGCGUGGAGGAAAAGGGCGGCGGCGCGGAAGCUUGCAAGAAACUGGCUGACAACUAUAAAUCAUCCUGUCCUGAUUGGAUUGGGAGCUGGAGUAUUAAGUAAAUUAGUUACACUUAGUAGUAAUGACGGAUGGAGGGUGUAAUUAGUAGUCUUGGUGUGUUAAUACAUAUA